AUGGAAAAGGAUCCAACCGACGUCUUAAAGAAGGAAUUAAAGAUACUUGUUCAAGCGAUUAUUGAAUCAGAUGCCGAGAAUGGAUUUGCGGAAAAUAUCGAUAGAGCCAUUCAGAUUCUGCAAACUCUGAAGAAAGGAGGAAACCAACAAUCGUCUUCUUCGACUGUUUGCCCUCAAGAAUUCAAUUGCCCUCUUUCAAAAUAUAUCAUGACGGACCCUGUUAUCGUCUCCACCGGAACGACAUAUGAUCGGUCGUCAAUCCAGAAAUGGUUGAAAGAAGGAAACAGAACUUGCCCCGUUACCCAACAACUUCUUUCGAACACGGACCUAACCCCGAAUCACUUGGUUCGAGAGAUGAUAUCGCAAUGGUGCAAGAAUCGUGGAGUUGGGUAUCCGAGUCCGGAACGCUCUUGGAAAGAAGACUGGUUAACAGAAGCCGAUUACGAUCUCCUCCUAUCGCUUCUCAAGAAGUUAUCGUCAUCCACUUUAGCCGAACAGAAGGAAGCCGCACGGGCCUUACGCUCGUUAACGAAACGACUCCCGUCUUUUCGGGAGUAUUUUAGCGAAUCUAUAGAAUCCAUACCUCAAUUGCUAACCCCAUUGACCGAACCCAAAAUCGACCCUGAUCUUCAUCAAGAUUUGAUCACCACGCUUAUGAAUCUGUCGACCCACGAAACAAACAAGCAGAUUGUUGCAGAAACGCCAAUGGUGAUUCCGAUUCUAUUGGACGCGUUAAGAUCAGGAAGGAUGGAAACAAAGAGUAACGCGGCCGCAACGCUUUUCACUUUAUCGGCUCUCAAUUCCAACAAAUCGCUCAUCGGAAAAGCCGGCGCUUUAAAGCCGCUGAUCGAUAUUCUGGAUGAAGGACAUUCGUUGGCGAUGAAGGAUGUGGCCUCCGCCAUCUUUAACCUGUGUAUCGACGACGAAAACAAAGGACGGGCGGUGGAAAAUGGGGCGGUGAGAGUGGUGUUGAAGAAAAUCGAGGAAAGGGUUCACGUGGACGAGUUGCUCGUGAUUCUUGCAUUGCUUACGAGCCACUAUAAGGCGGUGAUGGAGAUGGUGGAUCUCGGGGCGGUAUCUUGCUUGUUUACGUUGAUCAAGGAGACGAAUUGUGAACGGAACAAGGAGAAUUGUAUCGCGGUGGUUCAUCGGAUCUGUUUGAGGGACGGAAGCAAGUGGAAAGAGAUGCGGGAAGAAGAAAGUCGUUACGGAACGAUAUCGAAGAUUGCGGAAACCGGGAGUUCGAGGCCGAAAAGAAAGGCCAACGGCAUUCUGGAUCGAAUUAGGAUACGUAGAAGCCGCACCACGUGA